CGUGGAUUUUUUCGCGCGAAUUCGUUCAGUUCUAGUGUGCUGCAAAAGGAAACAGUAGCAACCUGAAAAUGGCGGAUUCGUCUGAGUCGUUCCACAUGGCCACCAGCCCCCCCCGCGGCCUCACCUCCAGCCCCGGCCGGGACCUCCCUCCCUUCGAGGACGAGUCCGAGGGGCUGCUGGACCCGCAGCUGGAGGAGGAGGAGGGUGAUGGGGAGGAGCUGAUUGGGGACGGCAUGGAGAGGGACUACCGGGCCAUCCCGGAGCUGGACCGGUACGAGGCGGAGGGUCUGGACGAGGACGCCGACCUCUCGGAGCUCUCCCCAGGGGCGCGGGCGGCCGCUGAGGCAGCCCUGGACAUGCGGGACCGGGAGGAGGGCCAGCGGGGGCGCAUGAGGCGCGGCCUACUGUACGACAGCGAGGACGAGGACGAGGACCGGCCGGCGCGGAAGCGGCGCCUGGCGGAGCGGGCAGCGGAGGGGGCGGAGGGCGAGGACGAGGAGAUGAUCGAGAGCAUCGAGAACCUGGAGGACAUGAAGGGCCACAGCGUGCGCGAGUGGGUCUCCAUGGCCGCGCCCCGCCUGGAGAUCUACCACCGCUUCAAGAACUUCCUGCGCACGCACGUGGACGAGCACGGGCACAACGUCUUCAAGGAGAAGAUCAGCGACAUGUGCAAAGAGAACAAGGAGAGCCUGGUUGUGAACUACGAGGACCUGGCCGCCCGGGAGCACGUCCUGGCCUACUUCCUGCCCGAGGCGCCCACCGAGAUGCUCAAGAUCUUCGACGAGGCGGCCAAGGAGGUGGUGCUGGCCAUGUACCCCAAAUACGACCGCAUCGCCCACGAGAUCCACGUCCGCAUCUGCAACCUGCCUCUAGUGGAGGAGCUGCGCUCCCUCAGGCAGCUGCACCUGGACCAGCUGAUCCGCACCAGCGGCGUGGUGACCAGCUGCACCGGCGUGCUGCCCCAGCUGGGCAUGGUGAAGUACAACUGCAACAAGUGCAGCUUCAUCCUGGGCCCCUUCUUCCAGUCCCAGAACCAGGAGGUCAAGCCUGGCUCCUGCCCCGAAUGCCAGUCCUUCGGCCCCUUCGAGAUCAACAUGGAGCAGACCGUGUACCAGAACUACCAGCGCAUCACGCUCCAGGAGAGCCCGGGCAAGGUGGCCGCCGGCCGUCUGCCGCGCUCCAAGGACGCCAUCCUGCUGGCCGACCUGGUGGACAGCUGCAAGCCCGGGGACGAGAUCGAGCUGACGGGGAUUUACAGCAACAACUACGACGGCUCGCUGAACAUGGCCAAUGGCUUCCCGGUGUUCGCCACGGUGAUCAUGGCCAAUCACAUCGCGCGGAAGGACGAGGGCGUGGCCGUGGCUGAGCUCACAGACGAGGAUGUGAAGGCCAUCGUGGCUCUGUCCAAGGACGAGCGCAUCGGGGAGAGGAUCUUUGCCAGCAUUGCACCCUCGAUCUACGGCCACGAGGACAUUAAGAGGGGCCUGGCCCUGGCUCUGUUUGGAGGGGAGCCCAAGAACCCAGGCGGGAAGCACAAGGUGCGCGGCGACAUCAACGUGCUGCUGUGUGGGGACCCCGGCACGGCCAAGUCCCAGUUCCUCAAGUACGUGGAGAAGGUGGCGAGCCGGGCGGUGUUCACCACGGGGCAGGGCGCCUCGGCCGUGGGGCUGACGGCCUACGUGCAGCGACACCCCGUCACCCGCGAGUGGACCCUGGAGGCCGGCGCGCUGGUGCUCGCCGACCGCGGCGUCUGCAUGAUCGACGAGUUCGACAAGAUGAAUGACCAGGACAGGACCAGCAUCCACGAGGCCAUGGAGCAGCAGAGCAUCUCCAUCUCCAAGGCCGGCAUCGUCACCUCCCUGCAGGCCCGCUGCACCGUCAUCGCUGCGGCCAAUCCUAUCGGUGGCCGCUAUGACCCCUCUCUGACCUUCUCGGAGAACGUGGACCUGACCGAGCCCAUUGUUUCCCGUUUCGAUGUUCUGUGCGUGGUUCGAGACACGGUGGACCCAGUGCAGGACGAGAUGCUUGCUCGUUUUGUGGUGGGCAGCCACAUCAAGCAUCACCCUAGCAACAGGGAAGGGGGCAUGGCCAGCCUGGAGGAGGUGGUGCUGCCCAACACGUCCGACGUGCCGGCCGUCCCGCAGGAGCUGCUGAGGAAGUACAUCAUGUACGCCAAGGAGCGCGUGCGGCCCAAACUCAACCAGAUGGACCAGGACAAGGUGGCGCGCAUCUACAGCGACCUGCGCAAGGAGUCCAUGGCCACCGGCAGCAUCCCCAUCACGGUGCGGCACAUCGAGUCCAUGAUCCGCUUGGCGGAGGCCCACGCCCGCAUGCACCUGCGUGACUACGUGCUGGAGGACGACGUGAACAUGGCCAUCCGCGUGAUGCUGGAGAGCUUCAUCGACACGCAGAAGUUCAGCGUGAUGAGGAGCAUGAGGAAGACCUUCGCGCGAUACCUGGCCUUCAGGAGGGACAACAACGAGCUCCUGCUCUUCAUCCUCAAGCAGCUGGUGUGUGAGCAGGUGGCCUAUCAGCGCAACCGCUACGGGGCCCAGCAGGACACCAUCGAGAUCCCGGAGAAGGACCUGGCCGACAAGGCCAGACAAAUCAACAUCCACAACAUGUCUGCCUUCUACGACAGCGAGAUCUUCCGCUCCAACAAGUUCUCUCAUGACGCCAAGAAGAGACUCAUCCUGCAGCAGUUUUGAAUGGGCAAUCUGUCUGCCGCUGCGGGCCUCUAGAUGUGUAUAUAUUUGUAUAUUUCGAUCACCUCACGGUGAUUGAUCGUUAUGGAGGAGGUGGGUGCCACAGUUCUCUCCUGGUGCCCAGACAUGGUUUUCUUCCCCAGUGUUUCCUGAGUGUGCGAUUAGGGAUGAUCAGCGCAUUGCCUGUUAAAUAACAUGAAUCUGUUUUUGUAUUUUUGUAUGUGGAUUGUUCAUAAAAAGCCCUGCGUCAAACGUGCUGAAGAAAAUGCAGAAUGUGUUAUGCACACAGGUUGUCUGUUCGGUUCAUUUGCAUUUUAAUAAACUCUUGAGUGGAGCCUUGAGAGAGUUAACUCGCUCCCUCCAGUGUUUGUCAUGAAUACGGUCACACCCAGCCUGCUCUGAGACUAACUGCAGUCAGAAGUGGACUCUUGCCUUAAACCUAGUGGAACCUCUGUGGCAGUCUUACAGAAUGGGUUGAGUAGUUUACUUGGUGUCAAUCUGUAAUUUCUUUAUAUUAAAAUAACAUUUUUGAUGCCUGCUGACAAUAG